CGGUUUAUGCCCUUCUCUCUUGCGCUCCCCUUCUUUCACUCUUCCCCGUUCACUGCGAUUCUCUCUAUCGCCCUCCCUCAUCUUCCCGACUUGGAAUUUGCAUUCAAAUAAUCUCUCUAACGGUUUCAUAGAGUCCAUACCAUAAAAAGCCCCAAGUGGUGUUCCUUCCUAACGCUCAAUCAAGAAGUGGUUUACUGGCCUCUUCUGCGUCUCUACCUAUAGUUCCAGUUUUUUGUUCAGCUGUAAACCAUGGAGACUAAUUCGACCGAGAAAUCGCGAAAACAAAAGCGUAAAGAAGCUCGACUAGCUAAGCAGCAGAAUCGUUUUUUGUCAUGGAUUCAACAUCAGAAAUCUGCUAAAUCAAAGAAAAACCCUGUGAAGUUGAAGUCUGAAAUUACGAAGGAAUCAAAACCCUUGCCGAAUGAGGUUUUAGAAAGGAGAGAAGUUAGGGACUCAGAUGUUGAUGGCGAGGAAGAUAGAUGCAUAACGCAGCCUUCUUCGCCUAAUAGACUGAAGGUGCAAUUGGAAUCUUCUACUGAUCCUGUUCAGACGGUGUCAUUACCUAUGGCAAAAGAGAAGAAUAAGUUGAAGAAGAGAAAACCGAAGACUAAGUUUGAGGAGUAUCUUGAGAUGGAUAUGAAUAAAGGCAUUGUUUCUGUGGAAGAGGAUUUAGAACUGGAAAGGAAGCUCGCAAAGAAGCUCAAGGUGAAGGGUGGGAAAUUGAGGGGAGUUGAUGAUGGGAUCAAUAUUUUGUUUGAUGGGAUUUCGUCCGUUCUGGAUUCUUUGGAGGACAAUGAAAUCCCAGAUGACGAAGAGGACUACAAGAACGUAAAGAGCUCUAAGCGUGCGAGUAAGAAGGGUAAAAAGAGGAAGUUGUCUGAUGCAUCAGAGCCAAGGCCGAAAGAGGUAGUGGCAAGUAAUACAACUGCUGAAGGAGUAGAGCAAGUGGAAAGUACUAUUGAUGAGGUUGCACCCAAAGAACCUUCUUUGAAGGCACCUGCAUUGGAUGAGAAGAGAAAAUAUGUACCUCCUCAACAGAGAACCCUUGUUAGAAAUGAGAUAGACGAAUAUACUCAAUUCCGCAGAUCGGUGAAAGGACUUCUGAAUAAGCUUUCUGAAUCUAAUUUGGAACCAGUCACAAGGGAGAUGUCCACCAUUUUCAGGAUGGCUGGUCGCAGUGUUGCUUCUCAGAUAAUCAGUGAGGAGAUUUUGGGAUUCUGUUCUCAAGGACCUCGUGGCAACGAACAGUUUGCUGCUGUUUUUGCUGCUUUUGUUGCAGGAAUGGCAUGUUCAGUUGGGAUGGACUUCAGUGCAAAGCUUCUUGCUUCCCUUGCAAAAUCAUUUGAGGAGGAAUACCGGAAAGAAGAUAACCUUUCCUUGCGAAAUCUGACCCUUCUACUAUCAUAUUUGUGCAUAUUUGGGGUUUGCGCAAGUGAUUUGAUAUAUGAUUUUAUGAUAUUGCUGGGCAAGCGCUUGAUGGAGGUGGAUGUUUCUACUAUCCUGACAAUAUUACAAUGCUGUGGGAUGAAGCUAAGGGGCGAUGAUCCAGCUGCGAUGAAAGAUUUUAUACUUAGUGUUCAGAAUAGAGUGAAUGAAUUGAAGUCAUCUUCCGUGGUGGAUGGCCAGCCUAAGAUAGAUAAUAAAAGAAUGGAGUUCAUGCUUGAAACCAUUUGUGAUAUCAAGAACAACAAGAAAAGGUCUAAAGAGGAUUCUGCAUCACAUACAUGGAUAAAGAAAUGGCUUCAGCAGUUAAAAGUGGAAGAUAUUUUACUUCGAGGGCUCAAAUGGAGCAAGUUGCUUGAUCCUUACAAAAAAGGCCAAUGGUGGUUGUCUGGCGGGGUGGCUUCCUCAAGAGAUAAUGUUGAAGAGGUUGCCAGCAUGAUUGAUAGAGAGGUCCUUGAAGCCCAAAAGUUUAUGGAGCUUGCUGCAGCACAGAGGAUGAAUACAGAUGCCAGGAGGGCUAUCUUCUCUGUGAUAAUGAGUGCUGAGGACUAUGUAGAUGCUUUUGAGAAGCUUCUAAGAUUGGAUUUGCCUGGGAAGCAGGAUAGAGAGAUCAUGCGAGUCCUUGUAGAGUGCUGUUUGCAAGAGAAGGUUUUCAACAAGUACUACAGCAUUCUGGCCUCAAAAUUGUGUAACCAUGACAAGAACCACAAGUUCACCUUACAGUAUUGCCUAUGGGAUCAUUUCAAAGAACUUGAAACAACAGAGCUAAUCAGGUCAAUGAAUCUUGCAAGAUUUGUGGCGGAGAUGCUUGCUUCAUUUUCCCUCUCCCUUUCGGUUUUGAAGGCAGUCGAACUAAGCAACCCCAGUCAACUAACUCCGAAAAGGAUAAUGCAUUUCCGGAUGCUCUUUGGGGCUCUUUUUGAGCACUCAGAUGCUAUGGUUUGGAACAUCUUCACACGUAUCGCUUUAACCCCAACACUCGAAUUGCUCAGAAAUGAUAUUGAAUUCUUUAUCAAGCAGUAUGUGGUGAAUACAGAUAAUACCCUCUCUACGAAGUUCAAGAUUGCAAAAAAAGCCCUCAAUAAUAUUGACGGAGUCCUCAUGUAAAUUUUUGCCAAGUGGUCUUCUACUUCUUAUAAGUCAUGAGCUAUGCUUGUUUUCAUUGCCAAGUCAUGGGAUCUUGAACAAGCUUGGAUGACAAGAAAGUUUAAAUUUGGGCUAUUAUCAUCAUAAAGUUGAGUGUAAAGUGUAGGGCGGCAAAAGAAAAAAUUGACUACUUGUAGAUGGUGAUCAAAUUAUGUUAUUUGUUAAUUUAUUGUAGACACUGAUCAUGAUCUGAUCUUUAAAUUUUUUAUGUUAUCGAAUUUUUGGCCUUUAUUAAGUGUCA